AUGCUUGAGCAAGGCAUUUUGCAGUAUAUAAAAGAGAGGGCAAAUGAUGUGAGGGCUGGUACCUUAGUGGGGGAAGACAAAUAUGGAAACAAAUACUAUGAAGACAACAAGCAGUUUUUUGGCUGUCACCAAUGGGUUAUUUAUACUACUGAAAUGAAUGGCAAAAACACAUUUUGGGAUGUGGAUGGAAACAUGGUGCCCCCUGAAUGGCAUUGCUGGCUUCCCUGUAUGACCAAUGAUCCUCCAACAACAAGACAACCCAUUGCUCGUAAAUUCAUCUGGACAAACCAUAAGUUCAAUGUGAGUGGCACUCCAGAAAAAUGUGUACCUUAUUCUAUCACUAGAAAGAAGAUUCAAGAAUGGGUCCCACCUUCAACACCUUACAAGUAAAGACACUGGAAAACAGUUUGAACAUGUGAAAUAUGGGGCUCUUCAUGCAAUUGCACUUUUACUGCUUACUAUUCACUUGAUUAAAAUUGUUUGAUU